UGACUGUUCCUUGUUUUCAGAGUCCCAGAGUAGCCUAGUCUCAAACAAUAGGUCCUUUCUCGGCUAGGCAUCUGGUAUUGCACUCCUGAAGCACCGGGUUGGGUAGGAGUUUGGAUGCAGGGAUUGGAUGCAAGAUUUCUUUUCCGCAGCUAAGGGGCCCCACCGGAGGAGGCAUUAUCUCCCCUCCCCCCACUGGAUUAAGGCUUGCGAGUACUGUGGGUUUAUCCUGCAGCUGGGGCUGCCAGUCUUUUGUCAUCAAGGCUGACAGGCUUACGAGUGGUUGGGGCUCCAGCUCUUCCUUCCCCCUGCGGGAAUUGGGACUGCAGAUUGCUUCCGCCUGCCCUUGCCUUAGCCUUUCUGUUUUCCCAUCCUUUUUCAUCUGUCCUGUCACCUCUUUCUGAUGCUCUUUCUUUCUUUCUGUCCCGGGGAUAUGGUCUGUUCUUUGUUAUCCUGACUCUUCUAUAUCGGAGUUGAAUGGAGGAAGCGUCCAAUCCGCCAUCUUACCCCAGAAAGCAAAUAUUUUCUCUUCUGAUACAGUGGGGAAGUGGGUAUGUGGAGUGGGGAGAGGAGGAGACUACGAAGAGGACGAGGUAGUAUCAGUGGGACACCAAGUUGCUGCUGGAGAGAUGUUUUCCACAUCCUUCAGUUUCAGAUGCGAUUGCCCUAAUUAGGUAAUUUUUGCUGCCUGACUGAAACACUCAGGCUAGAUCCCUGACUCCCGUAAUUUGCAAAUACAUAGGGGGUUGAGGGGCUACUGGGUCUUUCCUUGCUUUACCAUCUGGGUAAGAUCCUGUGGGUCUAGAUAGUAUUUUUCCACACACAUAUCUUUUCGUUAGUUUAAUCACGUGGCUUUUUUUUUUUUAACUAACAGUCAUAUCAUACACAGAUAAACUCCAUAAAGGUAAAUGAAUGCAACUGUUUGCACUUAGCUACGGAGGCUCCCAGGGUUGUUUUUUUUGUUUUGUUUUUGUUUUUGUUUUUUGUUUUUUGCUUUUAUUUUCUUAAAUAUUUUUUAAGUAAAAACAACAAUGUAUUUUAUCCCAAGCCACAAGGUUAUAUCUGUCAAAAAAAUAUAUUUUUAACAUUACAUGCAUAUGAAAUGUGAGUUUUGGUUACAGCCAAUAGAAAAUUGGCAAUAUUAAGGGGUCAGCAAGCAAUUUUUAAAACAUUAAUGUCUGACUAUAAUGUAAAACAUACUAAAAAACUCAAUGGUGGAAUGGACCCCCUGUGGUAAAUUUCCUAGGGUUGGUGGAGAUGUGUGAUUAAAUGGAUCAUCACCUCUACAGGUUUUUACUCACCUAGAAGGAAAGCCUGACACACCUGUGAGCGAUUCUCUUGAUUAGGUUAAUAAGGUGAGAAGGCCCACUUUCAAAACCAGCUACUCCAUUCCUGGGACAUGGUGCUUGGGGUUUGGACUGAAUGGAGAAGUUGCUCUGAGCAGUGGUACCCUUGGCUGUCUUCCUCCUGACUUCGGAAACAAUGUGACCAGCGGCUUCUGGCUCCUGCUGCCUUGACGUCCCUGCAUGGCGGACUGUGCCCUGGAACUGUAUUACGAAAUGGGAGGGCCACUCUGGGCCUUCCUACAUCCUGUGUCUCUGUGAACAGCUCUCUUGGGCCUCUUGGGAUCCAGGUGGCUGCAGCAUGGAUCUAAGCUGCACUACUGGCCUGCUGGAAAAAGAAGCCCGGAGAAGGAGAAUUAUUCUAAACCAGAGUCAAAAGGACACUCUUCGAGUGUGGUUUGAAAAGAAUCCCAAUCCCGAUCUAGCUACCAGGGGACAUCUGGCUAAGGAACUCGGCAUCUCUGAGUCUCAAAUUAUGACUUGGUUUCAAAAGCACAGAAAAAUACGGAAGCAAGUCGAGUAUGCAUGUUGCUCUGAAGAAAGCCAAGAGCAGGGACAAGAUAGAACUCAAGUUAAAGAAGCUAGAAGGAGCAGAACACAUUUCACAAAGUUCCAGACUGAUGUUCUAAUUGAAGCUUUUGAGAAGAAUCGAUUCCCUGGGAUCGUUACCAGGGAAAAGCUGGCUCAGCAAACAGGCAUCCCAGAAUCCAGAAUUCAUAUAUGGUUUCAGAACCGGAGAGCACGGCACCCAGACCCAAGACAGAACGCUCAGGCAACUCCUCAUCCGCCCCAGAGCAGCCAGAGCCCUGCCCAGAAGCCUGCUGGUCAACUUGCUCCUCCCCAAACUCUCCCCAGCAGCUGUUCAGUUAUACUGCCUCUUUCUCCACCCCACACGCCAAAUGGUCCUUUGGAUCUCUCUAAGGGCUGUCAGAAGCAGUUACCAGGGACCACACUACCACAGCCCUCCCAGGUUGUGCAGCGGAGGGGUGAUGAUCAAAAUCCCCCGCUGUUUAUUGGUCACUUAUCACCAGCAAAAACUCCAGGUGAGGAGAGCUUCCAUACCCAGCCUCCUUUACGGCUCCUAAUCCAAAACAGAGGGCGUAAUCCCAGUGAGAACAGCGGUUUGACUGAACCACCCUUAGAAAAUUCUACUGAGGUUGCAGAUGUCAAUCAACACUACCGGAAACGGGACCAAAAUGAUUCUACCUUUCUCCAACACUGGGACGAAUGGUUCCAAUCCAUGCUUGCUGAAUGGAUGCCUGACAAAGAGUACUGGUCUGAGAAAGCUGAGUUGCAUCCGUGGCACGUGCAGCUACAGCAGCUUGCCAGUGUGACUCAUCAAGCAGACCAAAUUCCACAGCAGUAGAUUUAAGCCUCAAGCCUUUUCUGUUAAUUCCUCUUGAACACAGAUUUUCAGGAAAGGAAUCCUUUCUUUCAGCAUCUAGGUCCCCACAUGGAUCCCGUGCAUGGCUCUGAGAGCUUCUCAAUAGAGUUUCAGGUUUUUCACUCGGAGAGAAGUACAUCAGUGAUGCAGAUUCAGGAGAACCAGUCCUUGGGCGUGAAAUCAGUGGGUAUAUUGAAGAAUAGAUAUGCAGAAUUGCGGAACAAGUUCAAGUUAAUAGGUGCAUAAACCACAUGGACACAUAAAGAAUAAAAAUUAUUUUUAUUCUUAAUUUAUUCUUGAGAUCUGACCUCACUGUUAUUCUCGCUGGUCUUGAGCUCCUGAGCUUAAGUCAAUCUCCCGCCACAGCCUCCUAAAUAGUCGGCACAACAAAUAUAUCCCUCCGUAUCCAUCUUGGUUUUAAUUUUAAUUCUGUUUUGGUUUUUUUCGUUUUGUUUGUUUGUUUGUUUUAAUUUCACAUUUUCAUUUACCAUCUGUUAUGUUUCAAAUCUGAAGUGUCUCUCACAGGUCCAUGUUUUGAAAUCUUGCCUCUCAGCCGAUGGUGCUGUUUGACUCUGUGGAGGUUUUAGGUGGCUCCUGACAGGCAGAUGUAGGUCAGGGUGGUACCUUGAAAGUUAUACCUACUAUGUGAACAGCAUGCACUGCAGGUUCCCAACGUGUAGACAGACUCAUGUCACCAUGCCUCUCUGUGACAGUGGACUAAAACAUUCUGAAAAGAAUCCAAAUAAACACUCGGCUGUCAAGUUGCUUCUGGUAGAUGUUUUGGUCACAGCGAGUUAAAAGUAGCUAAUACUUACUGGUUACCAGUCACUCAGUGCUAACUAGAUGCUUAUUCCUAACUGGUACGAAACUUCAGUCACUUGAGUCACUUGAACAACCAUAACAAUGCCACAGAUGGAAUGUCUCCAACUUGCAGAAAAUGUAUAUCUUCAGAGCUGUAGAGCCCCAGUCGGCAGGUGCCUACAGUUCUUGGGGAUCUUUACUGCUUGGGGAUUUCUGAGUUCUCAGUCUCAUGUAACUUUUGCUUUGUGCACUCUUUUUUUUUUAAUAUUUAUUUAUUUUAUGUAUGUGAGUAUAUUGUCACAGUCUUCGUCUCUUCUCGGCUUUUAAAGGCCCUACACAUAUGAGCUCUCUUAACAUUGGUUACAUAUUUAAAGAUCUUAUCUGUAGGUGCAGCCCCUUUGCUGUUGAGACUUCAGCACCUGCUUGGCCCCUACUGAAUGCUACUGAACACUGUAACCUCCAAUUUUCUCUUUCCUUACCCUCUGCUAACCACAAUUCUAUUAUGUGUAUAUAGUGUGGGGGGCGAAAGAGGGAGGCCAGAGGUCAAAGUC